UCAUGUGGGGCCCGCCCCUUCGAGGGCCCGGGCACGGCGUGUUCCCAGGGCUCGGCCGCCGUGGUGGGAGCGGGACUUCCGUGGUUGGCUAGCGGCGCCUCGCAGGCGGGCGGUGCAGAGGGCCCCGGGCGUCGCGCGCGGGUCUCCGGCGGCCGAGCCAUGGCAGGGGCCCGCGGCGCGCUGUCGCCGCACACUCUGCUCUUCGACCUGCCGCCCACGCUGCUGGGCGAGCUGUGCGCGGUCCUGGACAGCUGCGACGGCGCGCUGGGCUGGCGCGGCCUGGCGGAGCGGCUUUCAAACAGUUGGCUAGAUGUUCGUCUUAUUGAGAAAUAUGUAGACCAAGGUAAAAGUGGGACAAGAGAGUUACUUUGGUCCUGCGCACAGAAAAACAAGACCAUCGGAGACCUUUUACAGAUUCUCCAGGAGAUGGGACAUCAUCGAGCUAUCCACUUAAUUACAAACCAUGGCACAACCUUGAAUCCUUCAAAGCAAAGUCAUCAGAAAGAGAGAUUUCUAAACAUGCCAGCCAAGGAAGCAGCCAAUGUCACAGUGGGUGAUGUUCUUAUUUCUGAGCACAAUAAAAAAGGGAUGUUGCUUAAAUCCUCCAUCAGCUUUCAAAAUGUUGUAGAAGGAACUAAAAAUUUCCACAAAGAUUUCCUAAUUGGAGAAGGAGAGAUUUUCAAGGUAUACAGACUGGAGGUUCAAAACCGAACAUAUGCUGUUAAAUUAUUUAAACAGGAGAAAAAAGUGCAAUAUAAGAAACAAUGGAAGAAAUUUUUAUCAGAGUUUGAAGUCUUACUACUGUUUCAUCACCCAAACAUACUGGAGUUGGCUGCAUAUUUUGCAGAGGCUGAGCAGUUCUGUUUGGUUUAUCCUUAUAUGAGAAAUGGCACACUUUUGGACAGAUUGCAGUGUAUAGGUGACACAGCUCCACUUUCUUGGGAUGUUCGAAUCAGUAUAUUAGUAGGAAUAUCUAGAGCCAUUCUGUACCUGCACAACAUUCAACCAUGCUCGGUCAUCUGUGGCAGUAUAUCAAGUGCAAACAUACUUUUGGAUGAUAAGUGUGAACCCAAACUAACUGAUUUUGCCAUGGCACACUUCCGAUCCCACCUUGAACACCAAAGUUCUACCAUAAGCAUGGCCAGCAGCAGCACUAGACAUCUCUGGUACAUGCCAGAAGAGUACAUCAGACAAGGGAAACUCUCAGUGAAAACAGACAUCUACAGCUUUGGGAUUGUAAUAAUGGAAAUUUUGACAGGCUGUAGAGUGGUGUUAGAUGAUCCCAAACAUAUUCAGCUGAGGGAUCUCCUUAUGGAAUUGAUGGAGAAAAGAGGCCUCGAUUCAUGUCUCUCACUUCUAGAUAAGAAAGUAUCUCCUUGUCCUCGGAAUUUCUCUGCCAAGCUGUUCUCUCUGGCAGUCCAGUGUGCUGCAACGCGAGCAAAGUUAAGACCGUCAAUGGAUGAGGUCCUGAAUGCCCUGGAAAGUGCCCAAGCCAGCUUGUAUUUUGCUGAAGAUCCGCCCAUGUCCCUGAAGUCCUUCAGAUGUCCUUCUCCUCUGUUCUUGGAUAAUGUAUCAAGUAUUCCCAUGGAAGAUGAUGAAAACCAGAAUCAUCAUUCACUACCUCAUGAUAAAAGUUUGCAGGAAGAUAGAAUGACUCAGAAGACUCCUUUUGAGUGCAGCCAGUCUGAGGUUACAUUUUUGGGCCUCGACAGGAAGACAAGGAGCAAGGUUGCAGCAGAUGCUUUCAACACGCCCAUUUCCUGUGAAGAAAGAUGGCUCCCAGAGCGUGCAGUUCCCUCCCAGGAUGUAGGGGCCUCUGAGAUACACAUGGGCUCCUCUUCAGAUGCUCCAGGCCAUUCUUGUAGGAGCAGGCCAGUGGGGGCCAGCUGUUCCUCUCAGAUUUUCUUGACCAAACAUGAACAGUACAAAAACGAAUAAAUGUCAACAGAAGACAAAGAAAAAGCAAGUGUUGCCUAGGCUAAGGGUAGGUUUUGGCUUGGGAAGAUGCUCCCUCCUGUAAAUAAUGCUGAGAGUGAUCAACAAUGAAUUUGAGUAAUGCAAAUGAACACUGGACAAAAUUCCAUUUCUUUCUUCCCAUUCCAACAACAGAGUGUCUUAAAAAAACCCUUCUAUCAGGAUAAUUGCCUCAUGGUCAAACCCAGGCUAAAUAUGAACCAUUCAAAAUUGUUCAAGAUCAUCAGUUCUGAUGUCAGCCAAACAGAUCAAAAACUACUAGAAAGGGACUGGAUUCUCCGUCAUCAUCAGUGACUUCUGGGAGCCUCCAUCGCUGAGUAGUCCGUUGGAAUCCAUUGUUUGGUUUAGCUCUCCUGUCUGGGAUAUAGGAAGUAUUUAAUUUGUAAAUGUUAAUAUAUCCUUUUUGAAAGAAUUACCUUUGUAUUUUGAUUGGCCUUUAGUAUAUUUCCAUUCAUCGCUGUUGAGCCUGCUGCUCUGGAGAUGAACCAGAUUCACAUUGGAAAUGACAUAUUCUGGGUAGAGAGGGGAUUUCUGCCAAAGAUCUGUAUUUCUGUGUUAAAACACUUAGCAUACAAUGAAGCUGUUGAUUCCUAUUAUAGUUGUAUUGUUGCCUUCUUUUUGCAAACUUGGAGACCAAUAAUUAUAAAAUGAAUAGAAAGUAUGAAAUUUUAUUCAAGUAUUUUUGUUCCUGAGAAAACAGUUGAUCACAAGGGCUGAACUCAGCUCUUUUUAAAAAAUGAUUAAGUUGUAAAGUUUCAUGUAUUUUGUGUAUAUGGAUUUAGGAACAUAGUGAUACUCCCCACCCAUUCUCCAAUGCUUCUUCUUCCUCCCUCUCCCAUUCCUACUUUUAAUUUUUAUAAAGAUCUAUUUUAGGCCGGCACCGCGGCUCACUAGGCUAAUCCUCCGCCUAGCAGCGCCGGCACACCGGGUUCUAGUCCCGGUCGGGGUACCGGAUCCUGUCCCGGUUGCCCCUCUUCCAGGCCAGCUCACUGCUGUGGCCCCGGAGUGCAGUGGAGGAUGGCCC